CAUAUGGAGGAGGAGGCUGCUCCCUUAACUUCCUGAGACUGACUGAAGCAAACAGGGAAAGAGGGAAAUGGCACGAGAUCAGAGAGAUAGAAAGAACUGAGUGUUGUAUGCACAAACAUUGAUUUGCAGCUCUCUUCCUUUUCUGCCAUCUGGAGCAGUGAAACAGUGAAGCACUUCCUUCGUCUGCUCGGUGCUCGUGUGUGCUGUUGGCUGCAACCCCGGCGUCGCUGUGGUAGCAAUUUUAGGGUCAGGAAGACAUUGUUUUCCUCAUGCACAUCUCUGCACAUGACGUCUAGCCAUGUCUGAUGUAUGGAAACUACUUCGUAAUGGACUCCCAGCUACAUUUCACUGCACUUCAGUGGAGGUUGCAGAUACCAGCUGAACUUCUCUGAGGGGUUCCUCCCCCUUGUUUUCCUUAUAAGGCUAAAACGACUGAGUGGAAAAUCAUUUGAAUUUUGUGGUGGCUCUGCUCUGACGUGCGCUUGGAUGCCAAACCAGCUUUUUUUUCUUUUCUUUUUUUUUCUUAGCUUUUACUUCCUCUUGUUGGAAGCGAUUUUAAUACCGGUGAUUUGUUUAAGAGACAGUAUCAGAUGCUUUUGAUAGUAGUUACACAAGAGUUGUUUUUCUGACCUUUCAGCAUCAGCUGUCCAACUUUGCUCUGGGAGUAACACAGCAAAGAAGGAACCCCUCUGAAGAUCAUCCUCCAUAUGAAUAAGCGCCAAAUAUUCCUUCUGAAGGAACUGGUCCUGGAGACACCCUCAAGAUUGCAUGCAGUUCUGGGAAAACAAACAUACUUUUUUGGCAACACAGUAUUUGGCAUCGGAGAUGGUGGAUUAGUUUGAAGUUGAAAAUACUUUGAAGUUAUUUAUGUCUUGCAGGGAUGAGAGAAUUGUAUGAGCUGAGGUCUUCUUGUGACCCUCUCCUUGAGCAUUUCUCUGCUUGUGUUGGAUCAUUUUUUUGGGAUUGCUUCCACCUAUUUGUUUAUCGUGGCAGAUAGAUAUAAGGAUUCCGACAUUAUUCGAUAGUGGCCUUUUUGGGUCAGAAUGACUGCACCAGCAUGGUACCACAGGGACAUCAGUCGGGUUCAAGCAGAGGAGCUGUUGGCUCGGGCUGGGAAGGACGGCAGUUUCCUGGUGCGGGACAGUGAGUCUGUGCCUGGUGCCUAUGCACUUUGUCUACUAUUCCAGCGGCAUGUUCACACUUACCGUAUUCUUCCUGACGCAGAUGGGUUACUGGCUGUUCAGACAACACAGGGAGUGCAGGUGAAUUGUUUUCGGACUCUUGGUGAUCUGGUUUUGGGAUACCAGCAACCUCAUAAAGGCCUGGUGAUCCCCUUGCUGUAUCCAGUAGUGCGUGAGACAGAACUAGUGGAUGAGAGCUCAGACGGGGACGAUGAGAAGCCAGGGUCACUGUGGAACCCUGGGGCUUCCUCUUCUGCAGCCCAGGCGCCCUCUACAGCCCAGUCAACUCCUGCAACUCAAACACCACCAUCCCAGCUCCUGCUGCAUAGACUGCAGGGCAUCACCACAACCAGUAAUGUGGCUUCUGAGAUGGUAGCUCUGCUGGGUGAGUAUUUGCGUGGUGAUGUGACCCUGGAUCUUGAGAGUGUAAAGAAAGGAGACUCAGGACUACACUUUCUCCAGCGAAUUCUCUGCACUACAUGCCAUAAACUGCACAGUGAGAUUGAUCAGACAAUGUCCAGUUUGGAGACCCUGGCCAAAGUCUUUGACCAUCCAAGCUGUCCUUUGACCUGUCCCAAAAUCCAGAAUAUAGCCAAGUGUCCAGAAGAGAACCUUGAUACUCUGCUCUACAAACUAACAUCUCUGUGCAACCUGCUAUCUUCUCUAGAAAAGAGGGUUCUCACUGCCCUCCAAGAAGCUGUGACCAAUCACAACCUUUCUGUGCAGCCAGUGUCUGUACCUGAGCCUGUAUCACCUGUUAAAUCUCCUGCCAAGGUCUUCCCUGUGCACAGCUUCCAGGUGAAGGUUGUCAGGUAUGGAAGGCAGAUGGUAUCAGUGGACGUGAACAAUGGUGUGCUGCUUUUUGACAGGAAGACUGGCACAUUUGGAAUUGAGACAAUCACACACGAAAGGAUUGUACAGGUGGUAAAGUUUCAGAGCAGCCCAGCUAAGCUGAAGAUGGUUGUGGACAGUCACCACAAGCCUCCAAGGGAGCUUCUGUUUGAGAGCUUUAAGAAAAGAGAGGCUUUCUGCCAGCUCCUGCGGCUGAUGAAGAACAGACACUCUCAACAGAUUGAGCCAGAUGUCAUCUCUGUAUUUGUGGGCACAUGGAACAUGGGUGGCUCCCCCCCUCCCCCUACUCUACAGUCCUGGGCUACUUGCUGUGGUUUGGGAUUGACUCCUGAUGACUCCACUGCUUGCCUGCCUCAUGACAUUUAUGCAUUUGGCACUCAGGACAAUCCUCAAGGAGAAAAGGAGUGGAUAGAACAUAUUAAAGCCACACUAAAAAAUGCUACCCAUAUAGACUUUAAACAGGUGGCACUGCAGUCUCUAUGGAACAUCAGACUGGCUGUGUUUGUAAAACCAGAGCAUGAGGGUCGUAUUAGCCAAGUAAACACAGCAAGUGUAAAAACAGGACUGGGAAAUACACUUGGAAACAAGGGGGCGGUAGGGAUCUCCUUCCUCCUUAAUGGCACGUCAAUGGGCUUUGUGAACUGUCAUUUGACCUCUGGUAGUGAGAAAGCGCUUCGGAGGAACCAGAAUUUUCAAGACAUCCUCAGACUGUUAUCUCUGGGGGAACGGCAGCUUGCUGCCUUCGACAUCAGCCUGCGCUUUACUCAUCUCUUCUGGUGUGGGGACCUGAACUAUCGCCUGGAUCUUGAUGUUGAGGACAUUUUAAAGCAUGUUUCAAAGCGGGAGUUUGAUGAACUGAUGUAUGCAGACCAGCUGACCAGAGAGCGCCAUAAGAGAAAAGCCUUUUUUAACUUCAAGGAAGAGAAAAUCACAUUUCCACCCACCUACCGGUAUGAGCGGGGCUCCAGAGAGUGCUACCUAUGGCAGAAAUACAAGACUAGUGGGGUGCGGGUAAACGGACCUUCAUGGUGUGAUCGUGUCCUAUGGAAAUCCUAUCCAGAGACUUACAGCACUUGUACUUCAUAUGGUUGUACUGAUGACAUCUUUACCAGUGAUCACUCUCCUGUUUUUGCAACAUUUCAUGUCAGUGUGGCCGCACAGUUCCCCAAACCAGACUCAAGUUUGGAUCGAUCCUGGAUUGAACUGGGUACAGUUGAGGCUAUAGUGAAAACUGCCAGCAAGGCCAAGUUCUUUAUUGAAUUUCACUCUCGAUGCCUCGAAGAGACACGACGUUCUGCAGAAAAUGACGCACAGAGCUGUGAUGUGCCAGGGUUCCUUAAAAUGAGCUGGUCUUCCAAACAGCUGCCCAAGCUCCAGACUCUUGUCUCAGAUAUGGAGUAUAUUCGAGACCAACACUUGCUGUUUUCUGUAAAGUCAUGUGAUGGCUUUGAGUCAUAUGGUGAAUGCUGUGUGGCUUUGCAGCCCAUAGUGGCCAAUAACUCAGAGACAUUUGAAACGUGCUUGACUCACAGGGGUGAAGAGAUGGGUUCCAUCCGAGGCCAAAUCAAAGUCUAUAUACCACUAAACAAGUACCGAUCACAGGAGAGGAGCUAUGAAUGGAUCUGCUUUGAGAAAGAUGAAAAGGGAUUAAUUAGGAGCCCCUGGUCUACCCCACCCAUCCAAGCAUCCCGUAAUCCCGUAUCAUCAUCAUCAUCCUCCCGCCCAGUGGCUCCUAGUAGCUACACGAAUCCCGCUUACUUUAUUUUUGAGGGCAUUCCCAUGUUAAGGCAGUUAGAGGAAGACCCCUCACCCAAAGAACCUCAUGUAGUGUGGGCUAAAGACUCUGUGAUUCAACUUCCUAAAGUAACAGGGGGGCAUAGCCAUGACUGCAGAGCUGCCCGCAGGUCUGACUUCACAGAAAUUGAAAUCCCUGGAUCCUUGCCACCUUACACACCUCCUUGUGACCGCCCAACUCAUAUUAGCCCUCAGUCAAUUUCCUCAUACCAACUUUUCCCUGGACCAGACCUAUCAAAUCACCCUCAAAACCAGAAAAACAAGCCUUCGAAUACUUCAUUUAAGUCACAAAUUCAAAGGCAUAGCGUAACUCAGGAGUCCAUAUUAUCUACCAAAAAAAUAGGAAAUGCCAGUCUGAGCAAUUCAGUCUUCACACAAGAUGCUCAUGGGAUAGUUAAGAAAGACUAUUCCAGGAUUCACCAGGAGCGACUAAUUCCAGUGCGUAAUGGACCAAAGUUAUACCCAUACAUGUCCACCAGAGUUCCCCUCUCCAAAGCAUCAGUUCCCUGGGUAGUGGAUCAGACUCCUGCAGUUUCAGGAGAUAACUCACUCACUGCUCUACAGAUUGCCAAAUCAUUAAGCGAGGUGGAUUUUCUGCCAGCGUGCAAAAAGUAUCCAUCAGACCAAAGCUCUCCUCUACCAAGGCAGUAUGGGUAUGAUUAUACCUUAGCCCCUGAGACUGGGUACUGUUGGGAUAAAGAGGUUUCGGUCCUCCAUGGAGCUCCAGAGACAGUACAAGAGCUGCUCAGUAGUCUGGGGCUGCAGCGCUAUACACUGGGACUCAGUCUCAAUGGCUGGAAUGAUUUGGAUUACUUCAGUGGAAUUACUGAGGAGGAUCUGCAGGCUUCUGGUGUAACAAACCCAUCUCAUCGUAGGAGAAUCCUAGAGAAUUUGCCCAAGAUUUGGGACUGAACACUUGGACGUGGAUGACUGCUUUCAAUUAGAGUAUUUUGCACAAAAAAAGGAUUCAUGCAACUCUUUGCUUGUGUCUUUGCCUUAGAAUUAAUUUAGUAAUGAUGUACAUUUGCUUUGUUUGCGUCAGAGUUCACCAUGGUUUCAGCCACCACCCAAGUCUUAACUUUUAUUUUCUGCCAUUCCAUCUCUGUUAUUUACCUUGUACAAAGUAGUUACAUAAAUUAUAUCUGUUUGCAGAGGGACCUCUCCAAGUGGAUUUGAUCAUUUGAUUAUGAUUCAUCUUUUAUGUCAAUAAAAGAGUAUGAAUGUGGUCAAACCCAUGAUCCUGGUACUGCUCACAUUAAAAUGGGAGCUUGACUAAAUGUAAUUGCUACGUAAUCACAAUUAUACCCUGUUUGUCUGUCAUGUUCAAAAAACAUGGGCAAGCUAGGAAAAUAAUAAGGCACUACCUGUAAGCAUUGUACAUUCCAAUAAGUAAAGGGUGUAUCUGAAAUUUGACGUGUCACAGAAGAUUUUAAAACCAGAUUGUAAACCGUUGUAGUGUUUGCUUUGACUUCCUAUAAAACUAUAAAACUAUGCAGACUAACUGCUUUGUUCUCAUUUUUUAUGAUGUGGUUUUUUUAUGGAUCAUAAGGAAUGACGGUUUUCCUCCCUGAUUUGACAAAAUUGAUUAAACCCCCUGUUCUGGAUGGUUUCAAGUAAGUAAGAUUUUAAAAUAUUAAAUAAUAUGAGAUU